UCAUUUGAGCAAAUGAGAAGUUCUUCAGAAUUUUCUAAAAUUUGGAAUUUAUUUUUAAACUUUACUACGGAACAUAAUAUUUCUACUGAAAUUCCAUCUAUUGCAGCUAACAAAAGAAAAAGAACUGAACCUAGCCACUUAAAAGACUUCUUUGUUAUGAGCAUUACUGGUAAAGAAAGUGAAGAACAAUCAGAUAAUGUAACCGUAGCUUCCAAAGUUGAUAAGCUGGAAGCUUCGAAAAAGUACUGGGAAAAUCAUUAUUAUAACCCUGUAUUGGACUCUAUUAUUAUUCACUUAAAAAAUAGAUUUUCUGAGGAAAGUCAAACUUUAGCUAACUCGACAGAAAAUUUUUUUAAACUUGACUAUGAUGGAGCAUUAUACUUUAUCAAUCAAUAUAAGGAGUUAUUUUCAAUUAAUGCUAAUGCAUUGCAUUCUGAAAUGGUGGUAGCUAAAAACUGUGCUAUCAACAGAAAUGAAAACUUUACCUUAGAUGACUUAAAAAUAAUAAUAAGUAAAAAUGUGUAUCCAAAUUUGUAUACUCUUUUAAAAGUUGCUAUUGUAUUGCCUAUAUCAUCAGCUUCUUGCGAAAGAAGUUUUUCAGCGAUGCGCAGAAUUAAAACUUGGACAAGAGCUACAAUGGAACAGUCUAGAUUUACCAAUGUAUCAUUAUUACAUAUAGAAAGGGAUAUCAUUAUUGAUAGUGAAAAAGUUCUCAAUAUUUUUUCACAAAAAGAUAGAAUGUUGUCCUUAAGCUAA